CCCGGGAGCCUACUACAAUCUCGUAUAGACAGUUGUUUGUGGAGUGCGUGCGUUUGAUGGGUUACCUUUUAUGGUGAUUCAAGUAACAAGAAAACAUUGGUCAAACUUGUAAUGUUUUAACAACAAAUCGGUGCAGGACCUAUUAAAAGAAAAGAUGUUUGGCAGCUUAAGAUGGAUUAUAGCAAUAAUAAUUAUCACGUCUGUGUUAUCAAGGGCAAAUUAUGCCCCUCCAGAAAGAUUGACAGGGAUGAAUCCUUGUAUCAGCAAACAAACGUGUCACGAAUGCAUACAAACACCGCAUUGUGCUUGGUGCGCUGCACCGAAAUUUUCUGAAAAACGAUGUUUUCUACCAAAUAUAAAUACCAAAAUAUUUGCAACAUGUCCAAGAGACUACACAUGGAAUCCGGACAAUUUUUUCAGUAUGAUAAGACAUCGUAAUUUAACAAAAGGUGGUUAUACCAGUGGCAGCAGCAGCAGUAGUUAUGAUUAUUCAUAUAUGAAUUCUAGUUCAUUUAGCGGUAGUUCACAGUCUAGUAUCAACAGUGGCAGAAGGCAGGAAGCUGUACAAAUUUGGCCCCAGGAAGUUAAUCUGAAACUCAGAAUAAACGAAGCACAUAGAAUGACCUUUGCUUAUUCCCAAGCAAAAGAUUAUCCUGUUGAUCUGUAUUAUCUUAUGGAUCUGAGUAAAUCGAUGGAGGAUGACAAGAAAAAGUUAUCAGACUUGGGACAACUUUUAGUAGAAAGUAUGAGUAAAAUUACAAGCAACUUUCGUUUAGGCUUUGGUAGUUUCGUGGACAAAGUUGUAAUGCCUUAUGUUAAUACAAUGCCAAAAUCGCUAAUAGAACCGUGCGAUGGCUGUGCAGCACCGUAUGGUUAUAAAAACAUUAUGACACUUUCUCAAGAUACCAGUCAUUUUGCAAACUUGGUACGAAAUGCUUCAGUAUCUGGAAACUUGGAUGCGCCAGAAGGAGGAUUCGAUGCUAUUAUGCAAGCUAUAGUCUGUAGGCGACAAAUUGGUUGGCGUGAAAAGGCUCGUAGACUUUUAGUAUUUUCUACGGAUGCCGGUUUUCACUAUGCAGGUGAUGGCAAGUUAGGUGGAAUUGUGAAACCAAACGACGGUGAAUGCCAUUUAGAUGGCACCGGUCUUUACACUCACUCAUCUUUGCAAGACUAUCCAAGUAUUUCUCAAAUCAAUUUAAAAGUUAAGCAGAAUGCUAUUAAUAUUAUAUGGGCUGUCACUGAGGAACAGAUAAACGUUUACAAAAGAUUGACUAAACACGUAGAAGGAUCAUUUGCUGGCAAAUUAUCAGACGAUUCAAGUAACAUUGUAGAAUUAAUUCGAGAACAGUACGCUGCAAUUUCAAGUUCUGUCGAGAUGAAGGAUACAGCCAGCAGUGCUGUAAAAGUGAAAUAUUUUUCAAAAUGUUUGGGUUCAGGACCGCUUAUCGAAACUUCGAAAUGCGACGGAUUGAAAGUUGGAACAAAAGUAGAAUUUACUGCUGAAAUUGCAGUUACAAGCUGUCCAGAAAAUAGAUCUGAAUGGAUACAGAAGUUUGACAUAUAUCCAGUUGGUAUUAAUGAAACGCUUACUGUAAAUUUGGAAAUGUUGUGUGAUUGUGAAUGCGAACGCGAAGGGGCUAUGUAUGAAGUUAAAUCACCAGAAUGUAAUGGUGUAGGAACCUUGAAAUGUGGUAUCUGCGAAUGUUACGAUGGAUUUUUUGGGAAACGCUGCGAAUGCAGCCCUCAUCAAGAGAUGACCGGAUUCGAUAAACAUUUCCAAUCUUGUAGGCCUGAUAACACGUCCCUUGUAGAUUGCUCAGGAAGAGGAACCUGUGCUUGUGGUCAGUGCGAAUGUGAAGAAAGAGAAAACCGCGAUGAAUUAAUAUCGGGUCACUUUUGCGAGUGUGAUAAUUUUUCGUGCGAUCGGGAUCAAGGUCAUUUAUGCUCAAAUCAUGGGACUUGCGAAUGUGGCCAAUGUGUUUGUCACGCGGGAUGGACUAGUCCAUCUUGUAAUUGUAGAUCUUCAAACGAAACUUGUAUUGCACCAGGAACUACGAAUGGAUUAUUAUGUUCAGGACACGGAGACUGCGUAUGCGGUGAAUGUUUCUGUCACGAAGAAGGCAGUACAAGGUACUCGGGCAAACAUUGUAACAAAUGCCCGACGUGUCCGAGUCGGUGCGAAGAGUUAAAAAAUUGUGUACUGUGCCAAAUGUAUGGCACUGGCAAUUUUACCGACAAAGAAGAGUGUGCAAAGAAUUGCAAAGAAUUUGUACCCGAACCAGUCGAUACCGUUAUACCAGAUGUCGAUCAAGACGAAGUUUUAUGCUUCGGUAUUGACGAGGAUGAUUGUAAAUAUAAUUUCGUUUAUUAUUACAAUGAAACGAAUAGCUUAAAAGUACGAGCUCAGAAAGAAAGGGAAUGUCCACCGCAAGUUUAUAUGCUCGGAAUAGUGUUAGGUGUAAUAGCGGCAAUUGUUUUAAUUGGGCUCGCAUUAUUACUUUUAUGGAAACUAUUAACAACUAUACACGACAGGAGAGAGUUUGCAAGAUUUGAGAAAGAAAGAAUGAUGGCAAAAUGGGACACGGGGGAAAAUCCAAUUUACAAACAAGCAACUUCAACAUUUAAAAAUCCAACAUAUGCUGGAAAAUAAAAAUAUUAAGAAUGAUCUCUCUCUCUCUACUGAAAAAGUUUAUUGUAUUGCAGUAAAUUGUUUUCAUAUAUAUAUUUUUUUUUUUUUUUUAAUAUAAAUUUUAAACUGUUUAAUAUUUAAAUGGUAAACAAAAACUUUACUAUGCAACAAACAAAGCUUUAGCACUAAUUGGAAUAGUUUUUAACAUUGUAAUUUGUAAGUAUUUAAUGGAAACUAAUGUUGCAGUAUGAAAUAUUAUCAGAUUAUUAUCACUAAGUACGAUAUUAUAAUACUGCCAUAUAACUUAGACUGCUAUGUAUGAAUGUGUGUGUACGAGUGUAAAUUAUGUAUACAAUGAAUACUUGUAAUGUAGGAAUGAAUACCUGCAUAGAAGUAUAGUAACACAAUGAUUUGAGGAUGUACAAUCUCAAUCUUACUGUGACAUUUAUAUGCAAGUGCCUUUUAUCUUAUGACAAAAAAUGUUUCACGUAAUUUUUUAAUUACCUUUUUUAAAAUGAAAUUUAUAAAACAUAUUAACAUUGCUGAUUCAGAGUGUAAUGAAUUCUUCUCUUAAAUAUAUUUAUUGAGAUUUUUGAUACAUUAAUAUAUUUCAGACAGAAAAGGGAUAUAAAUAAUAAACAUUCUAAUAUGUGAUAUUGCAAGAUGUAAAACGUUUUUUAUGAAUGUGUUUUGAAGAAUAAUGUUUUCUUCUUACGUCUUCCGUAUUUUCGCACAUUUUUUAAAUUUUAUCAUAUAUUGAUUUAAAAAUGUAUGUAAAAAAUUGUAUAAAUGUAAAAAAUAAGAAAGUGCAUAGUAGUAAGUGUAAAUCAUUUAACAAUUGCUAAAAAACGGACAUUUUGCGUUUCUCUUCUAAAUAUCUUUAUAAAAUAUUAUACAUGACUGAAUACUUAUUUUUUUCAAUAUACGCAAAUGGAAAUACAAUUAACAAGAAGUUAACGCAGUUCAUUAAAAUAGUGUAAAUCAAUGUUUUAAGUUACUAAGUAUUAGAAAUGAAUGCUUUUGUUAUGUAUUAAUCAUUUUCCAUUAUAGUAAGAUGUGAUUUUCAGCUUCUAUGAAACUUAUUAAAAAUGAUACGUGCUAAAAUUGUUUUGGAUAUAAAUAACUACUCCGAUUUAUAACAGCUGUAUUUUGAAAUAAUGAAAUAAUAGACUGAAAUAAUAUUAGUCUAUCUUGCGAUCUAUCUUGCAAGAUAAAGUAAACAAACAUAUUGUACUAUCAUGUAUUUGAGAAUACACAUUUACCGAUAUUAUAUUGA